CACUGGUUCCUCAAAUUUGCCUGCGGCCCAGCGGGGGCGCCGGUCGGACAGACCGGCGAUGGUGCCGCCACCCACGGAACCCCUGAGUACCGAGGAGGGGCUCCCCUAGGGUUCGUGCCACGGCGUGGGAAGAGAGCAGGUGGCCACCAGCCCCAGGCGGAGAACUCCGGAACGCCAAAGAGAGUAUCUCUCCACAGUGCCACUCAGCCAUGGCCUGGCUCCUUCAACGAUGACCGGAGCCGCUGGGGGCUGUAAGGACAUCAUCCUCAUCAACUGCGGCUUCCUCCACCAUCAACUUUUACGCUGCUGUCAACGCUGCUACUUCCAUCAGGAAAGAACAUUUUACUCGAGUAGCUCCCAGUGGUAUGAUAGAGACAGACACUGAGAGAAGAGCUGGAUGAUCUUCAGAAACCUAUUAUAUUGCCCAUCACAUAGGCCGUUUACACUGCUGUUAUGGCAACAUCGCCUGUUCUAAAUUUUUAGCGUCUUCAAUCAGUUCACAAGGUAGCAGCCUCUAUCCCGUUGAUCCUUCAGAUCCUCAGAUCCACACAACGAAGUUGACAUUAGCUGAAGACGAGUACCGUGAUGGGCAAAGAUGAUAUUCUUGGUGGUCAUAUGGAAGCGAUCGAUUAUGAGGCUGCAUUGCUUGUCCAAAGAGAGCACGUGGUGCAGGUGCCUUUCUCUCUUGAGGACCCGGAUUACAAGGGUCUUGAGCUAGAUCUGAUAGUGUUGUGCGAGAAGCAUGGGAAGCCAUCAGAGAGGCUUGUUGCAUUUGAAGGAACAAUGACUGGGAGAAGGUUCUUAGCAUGUGCAGAGCCGGAAGGUCAGAACUGUGGGUUUGUUCAGUGGGUUGAUGAGCAGUGGCCCCCAACAAUGGAGAAUGCAUUGCUGAAGCUUUGGUCAGUGGUUGAAGAGAGCAAGUCUGCUAGGGUGAAUGAUAAUCUUAAAAGUGCUUUAACUAUUCACCAUUUGACAGAAGAAAAGAAGAAGCUGGAUGCAGAUUAUGACAAGUUAGUGAAAGAUGUGCAUCAACUUGUGAACUUUCAGCAGGAUAGGGUUGUGGAUUUCAGUUAUCUGCAGUCAGCUGUCACAUAUCAGCACCAAUGCAGAGCUGAAUUGGUGGCUGGUAUGAAGGCAGAAAUGGCAAAGAAAGAUGCAGCUACAGAGAAGUUUCAACAGAAGUAUGAAAUCCUGUGCAACCUGACAAGUGCUCAAGCAAUUGCCAUCCAAAACCUCAAGUUGAAGAAUAUGAAAGAGAAGGAAUUGAUGAGUGAGGCUAUGAUGAAUUUGGAGUUGAAGAAUGCAGAGUUCACAAGUUUGAGGAGAAGCUCACCCAAGAGAAGCUAGAGUUGAAGUUCCAGGUUGCUGAUCUGCUGAAGCUCAAGGAAAACCAUAAUGAAGAGAAGCAGAUGCAAGAGUUUAAGGUAACUGAGCUCAUGAAGGCAGAGGAGAAGCUGAAGGAGAAGAUCAAGGGGAUCCAGGCCAUCUUGGAGAACUGAACAAGAUGAAUUGAGAUUAGUGGGCAUUGCAGACCUUUUGGGAAGGAUGGAUGUGCAAUGACCUAGUAACUUAGAAUUAUGGUUGUGUAAUGUAUGGUUCUAGUACUAAUUGUGAACUCUGGCUGUUUAUCUACCUAGUAAUAUGCUAUUCAUCCUUUUGUGAGAAAAGGAUGGAUUGUGCAUUUGAACUCCAUUAUGUAAUGUGAACAAUGGUUGUGUAUUCCUAUAAUGUGUUGAA